CAGGUCCCGCCCCACCCACCCUGCCCUCCCCCACCUCUUGAAGCCCGGAGGCGCCCCCCGCAUCAGCCACUCGUCUCUUUUUCUUCACCCCGCCCGAAGUCGAGGAGAGGGGGAGCAGGAGCUGCGAGAUCGCGCGCGCCCGAGAUCUCCAGGAAGUUGCGGCAACAUGGGGCUCACCUUCACGAAGCUCUUCAGCCGCCUCUUCUCCAAGAAGGAGAUGAGGAUUCUCAUGGUUGGUCUCGAUGCAGCUGGUAAGACCACCAUCCUCUACAAGCUGAAGCUCGGAGAGAUCGUCACCACCAUCCCCACAAUCGGGUUCAAUGUGGAGACUGUUGAAUACAAGAACAUUAGCUUCACUGUCUGGGAUGUCGGCGGUCAGGACAAGAUCAGGCCACUGUGGAGGCACUACUUCCAGAACACGCAAGGGCUUAUCUUUGUUGUUGAUAGCAAUGACAGAGAUCGUGUUGUUGAGGCAAGGGAUGAGCUCCACAGGAUGUUAAAUGAGGAUGAGUUGAGGGAUGCUGUCUUGCUCGUUUUUGCUAACAAGCAAGAUCUGCCAAAUGCAAUGAAUGCUGCUGAGAUUACCGAUAAGCUUGGUCUCCAUUCCCUUCGCCAACGCCACUGGUAUAUCCAGAGCACCUGUGCUACCACAGGAGAAGGUUUGUACGAGGGUCUUGACUGGCUCUCCAACAACAUUGCAAACAAGGCCUGAUUGGACAAUUCUGUGGGUUUGUGGAGUACAUGGCGGUUGCAUUUUCGGCAGAAACAGAUCCAUGGGUCGUUUUGACCUUGAGACUUGAUUAUUAUUUCGUUGGAAUGCUUGUCAAGUAUUGUAUUUCUUUGCUAGGCUUUUCAGAGAGCUGGUUUGUCCUUAUGUGGCGUGAUUAUACUCUCCAAAUACCUGUUCCAAUAUUAAGACACUGUAAUUGGCCAUUGGUACUAGAUCGUUUACCAGUAAUGCAGUUCAUUUCAAAGUAUUAUGUCA